AGCCAGCUUAAAGCGAAUGAGGCCAAGCAGCUGGCAGAUCUCGCACGGAAAGGAGGCGACCUCACCACAGCAACCAAGUACGAGGCCGAGUUCAAGAAGCUGCAUGCACAGGAGUCGCCAAAGCCUCCCACACCGCUCCACCAGCGAGUGCAGCAGCAGUUUGCCGCCGUGGCUCGACUGGAGAAGGCGUUGGAUCGGGAGGUGGACAAGCUCCUGGGCUGGAGGAACGACAUCGCCAAGCUUGAGGACACAGUGUGCACCAUGCGUGAGGAGUUGGCCGCAGCCGACCAGCAGUGCAAGGCGCUGGUGGCUGAGCUUCAGCAGCAGGCGUCUGUGGCACCUGUCCCCGCUGCCCCUGCCCCUGCCGAGCUCAAGCUGGAGGACUUGUGUGCCGACGCUUUCGACCUGGGCGCCUUCCUCACAGUGGAUGAGGUCAGUUUCUUCGAGGGCGACGCAGAGCUCGAGGACAAGGACCGCGAAGAGAUCGCCAAGUGGAAGGACGACCUCAACGCUGGGGUCUCCAAGCUGGCCAAAGACCUGCUGGGCCCCCUGGGGGAGAUGCUGGAGCUGAAGGUGAGCCGCGUGAGGCACCUGAUCCCGCCCCUGGCACGGCGGCAGCCGACGCUGCCCCAGCUGGCGGUGGAGCCCCAGCAGCUGCAGACGAUGUGCGGGCCAAG